GUCGGCGGUAAGUCUCCGCAGUGCUCUGACUGAGCGACAGCGACACAGAUUCGGGGUUACUCGGAGCUCCUCGGCAAAGAACAUCUCAACCAGGGGCUGGAUUUUAUAUCAAAUGAAACGGUUUUUUUUAGGUUACUUAAAACCUAACAGUCAUUUAGAGAGUUGGUGCAGUAUCCCACAUUAGAAAUAAAUAGUUACCUUUUUUUUUUUUUUUAAAAGCGAUUUUAACACGGCGUAAUCAAAUGCUUUCAGCAUUAUUGCCGGGGUAAUGUUUUUUAGCUGCGGAUAUUUUGGUUUUUGGUUUUCCGCACGAUACUUUUUACGGUACUCCUUUUAAAUAGGAGCUAUUUUUUUCCAAAUAAAUCUUUUUUUAUUUUAUAUUGAAGAAAGCUGGAAAUCUAUCGGGUCGAGGAGGAGCUUCGGGAUUUUUCUCAGCUGGGAGACAAGAAUAAUAUGUCCAGGCGAAAACAGACCAACCCUUUCAAAGUUAAUUAAUGAGGCCACCUGACCUUAUUUCACAAGAGUCGCGUCGAGUGCUCCAAGCAUGGCUCCCCAGACUGCUCUGACCCAGCUCAUUUCUCUGCCCUCCCCACGGUCUUUCCCCUCGGUAGGGCUGGCUGGCCCAGAGCACUCGGUGGCAAUGGAGGGAAGAGCAGAUUUCACAGAGGACAGCGAGAGCCUCAGCAACAACUCCCACGAGGCCGAUGAGCAGGACAGCGUCUCGGAGGAUAGCGACAGUGACCAAGAUAAUCCUGAUUCAUCUUCCAACACGUCUGCUGAUGACACCUUGUUGUCCCCGAAGUGUGGCCCUUCUGACGGGGACAUGAAAGAGGAGUGCAAUGGGGGCAAUGAUUUGAGUAAUGGUUACAUAUGCCCGUUGUGUCACGUGGAGUGUUGCAACCCGGAGCAGCUCAUUGCACACGUCUACCAGCACACGACUAUGCUUGGAAGCAGUAAAAGCUACGUGUGCCCGGUGUGUGGGCGAGCUCUGAGCUCACCCGGCUCUCUGGGGAGACACCUCCUUAUCCACUCCGAGGAUCGCCUCUCAAACUGCGCAGUCUGUGGAUCCCACUUCACUGACAUGAGCAACUUCAACAGGGAGAAGCUACGUGACUUCCUCAACUCUGAGAACAGCAAAAGCAGAGGGGGCUCUUCUGUUUCCCAGCCACUUCCAGACCUGAACCCGAACCUCAUACCCAACCUCACAUCCUCCAUCGCUCCGCUCCCCACCCUCCCUCAGCUACCUCCUCUCCCGGCUCUCCCUUCACUCUCUGACAGCCUGAACUCUUCAACACCCUCCCUCCCUCUGCUUCCAGAUGUCUUGAACCCAGGGCCUGUCUACCCAGCUGGGGUCCUGUUGGUCUGCAACAGCUGUGUGGCAUACCAAAAUCUUGUGGAGGUCCAGUCAUCCUCCAUGAGGAAGUGGGCGGUCCGGAGGCAGAACGAACCCAUGGAGUCGAGGAUGCACCGCCUGGAGAGAGAGCGGGAGGCCAAGAAGAGCAAGCGGGCCAGCGAGUCGCCUGAUGAACGUGAGCUGCGCAGGCUGAGGGACCGCGAGUCCAAGCGCCUUCAGAGAAUGCAGGAGACGGAGGAGCAGAGAGCACGCAGGCUUCAGCGGGACCGGGAGGCUAUGCGGCAAAAACGAGCCACCGAGACUCCUGAGAAGAGGCAGGCCCGGCUUAUCCGGGAGAGGGAGGCCAAGCGGCUGAAACGGAGGCUGGAGAAGAUUGACCCCACCCUGCGGACGCAGAUCGAGCACGACCCUGCAGCGAUGGCGGCUCUUACCGCCGACAUGAACCUCUUCCCGUUCCCCAUGCCCUGCCCAAGUCUAGACAACAGCCUCUUCAUGAAACUGCCCUAGCACAGAAAAGGGUUUGAAGCCGCUCCCCACCUCUGGUUGAAUAGAGCCACAAAACUGGUUCACAAGAAAGGGACAAAAAGAUUGUAUGAUUCCUUCUAUUAGACCAACAAAGCAAAUGAGUUGCUGCACACUAACUAAUAUACACUCAGUAGCUUGUGUACUAUUGUACUUUACGGUACCUCAUUCAAUUUAAUUAUUUUUUGGAGAAAACUGGAGCGGCGCCCCUUCUGUCCUUAAUUACUGAACUAAAGGGACAUGAAGAGGUAAAAUUAGGAACAGAAUCAACUAACCAAUUUGUGUAAAGGAUUGUAUAGCAUUAGAAUUCACUUGUGUUGAAGUCAGGACAAUUUGACGUUAAAGGAUACAAAAUAAUUUCUGCAUCUGAAUUUAAACAACCUUAGUUGGCACGACUAAUUACUGUAUGUUGAAGUGAAUGGGAAGUUUAAGAUUUUAUUUUUUAUUUUUAUUAGUGCAAGGAGUGACGUGAAGAUAACCUGAUGCAUCAAGCUAAAAGUUAGCUUAUCAAGAAUUAGUGAUAGUGUUGACUGGAAUGGACUUCAAUUACAGGACUUUGCGGACCAGUGACUGGAACUCGGUGGCAGCUGUUAGCCGUGGCUUUGCCUUGUUGCCGAUAGCCAGUUUAUAUUCACUGAAUCUACUACCUCGGGAUCGGACCUUACGGUGAUUUCACUGUCUAGUGGCCUAAUUGGCCUUAAGAGUGUGCAUUCACAAAGCCAGUGCCAAAGACUGGUAUGCUGUUCCAACUCCUUGACCUUGGUCUGUGUAUCGGAGUACUAUCCUGGAAGUUGUUGUUUACAAAAUAGUUUAAACAAGGCCAAAAAUGAGAAAACAACACGCUGUAUUCGUGUUUAAAUCAUGUGUGUAUCACGUGCUGUGAAUGAAAGGUUUGCAAACAGUUCUGUUGCUGAGUUAAGAUGUGUACACAUACUGGUAAAAAAACAAAGCAAUGAGGAAAGAAGGAACAGAAUAUCAAAAUAAAGAUGAACAUUUGAGUUUCUGUUAUCAAAAUCUUAUGCAUGGUUUCCUGUGUUAUUACAAGUGUUUGUUUUUGUU